AUGCAAUCUGAUGAUUUUUGUGAUUUAUUCGAAGAAAGAUAUUUAAAUUGGAUUUCAUUUUAUACUAUUUCUUGGGUACAAGCGUCGUUAAAUAUUUUACAUUCCUUUAUCAGUGAAGAUAUCUGGUACAAAACUCCAGAUAAUACCAAUGUGGCUGAAUCAUGCCAUGCAAAUGAUAAAUCAGCUAAAAAGUAUGGUAAAAUAAAUUUCAUUACAUGUCAAACUCAAGAUCAAUAUGGUAUUAGAAAAACCGGGAAAGAUCUUGGGGUUGCAACGCGAGAAAAGCAAGCAAUACAUAGAUCCAUAAAAAGAAAUUGUUCUAAUAAGAAAGUCACCCAAACUUCAACAUCAUCAAUUGUUAAUGAUGAUCUUGAAAAAGAAAAACAAAUGAUUUCUUUGAGAGAGAAAAAAUUUGAACUAGAAGAGAAAGAGCUGAAACUUGAGAAGGAAAGGUUGGAAAUCCUUAAAUUAAAGCGAGAAUUAGGAGUUACGGAUAGGCAAUUAGAACUGAUCUAUUUACCUUUUACAAAAGGCUUUGAUGAUUGUUUAGCAAUAGACACUUAA